CAACGCAGACAGAAGCAGUGGAGGCCCUGGCGCGGGCCGGCAUGCGUAAUCCAGUGCGAGUGAAUGUGGCAGUUACAUUUGCGCAACCCAAGGGCACAAACCGCAAGGCUCCACAGCCUGGGCCUGUGGUGCAGUCUGUGGGGCGACGCACUCCCAGCACGCUUCAGAUCCAGUAUGUCGUGUGCGAGGCUAGCCAGAAGAUGCCCCAAUUAGUUGCCUUCCUCCAGGAGCACAAGACCCAGAAGGUCAUUGUGUAUUUCCUUACUUGCGCAUGCGUGGACUUUGCAUCAGUUGUUCUGCCCCGUCUUCCUCAGUGCAAGGCGCUGUGCAUCAGUGCGCUGCACGGCAAGAUGAAGCAGGCAGUGCGCGCCACAACCCUGGCCGCGUUUGCCGCGGCACCCGCGGGAGUUCUGCUUUGCACAGACGUGGCAGCUCGCGGAUUGGACAUCCCAGAUGUGCAGUGGAUUGUACAGUUUGACCCCCCGCAGGAUCCCAGUGCCUUUGUGCAUAGGGUUGGGCGCACUGCUCGCAUGGGUCGUAGCGGCAAUGCAGUGGUGUACCUUUUCCCUCAUGAGACCAGCUAUGUGGAGUUUUUGAAGGUUCGGAACAUUCCUCUGCAGCAAGCGGCUCUGGCGCGCGCACUGCCGGAUGUGCAACCCAUUGUGCAGCGGCAGGCAGAGACAGACAGGCUGGUGAUGGAGGCGGGCACAAAGGCAUUCCUCAGCUAUAUGCGGGCGUACAAGGAGCACCACUGCAGGUUCAUCUUUAGACUCCAGGUUGGCUGGCAAGGCUGCCAGUGCGCCAUCACAUUGCCGGUCAGGCCUGGCCGUGAGGUUCGGUUCAAGGACAAGGCGCGAGAGAAGCAGCGGCAAGCAGCCUUGAAGCAGCGGCUUAGGCAGCGACGGGAGGCUGCAGCGCAGCCCGAGCAGCAGCACAAGGCCCCUCUGAAGCCUGAGGUGCACCUGCCAGCAGCUAAACGGCGCAAGCUGCAGGACAAGGAAGACCUAGACGAGCUGCAGCGAGACUAUUCACUGAUGCGAAGGCUGAAGAAGGGGAAGAUUAGCGUGGCAGAGUUUGAGUUGGAGACUGACCCGCAGGAGGGGCUGUAG